AAAUUGUUCAUUUGUAAGAACACACUUUCAGAACAAAGCUUUUUAAAAACUUUUUUAGUGAUGAAUAUAUUGGACAGCGACUCAGAGAAACUGGUUUUGAUCCAAAGGGAAAAAGCACUUCUACAAUGUUAGAUGAUUUGGCCCAUUAUGACUUGGCUAUAAGUGUGGCUUUGUGGUGGCUCAAUAAAGAUAAUGGGAAGAAUGCAGCUGAGAAUGACUACAUAGGAACUGGCGGUUUAAGACAUAUUAGCCAGUACCCUAAUCACCUGGAAAGAGAAGCAAUGAUCCUUUCUUCCUUUGCUGGAAUGCUUCUGAACAACUUACCUAUAGAAGACAUUCUGUCUCUGUACAAUUGCAAACCAGUGGCAUCUUACCCUCAUAAUCAUGCUAAGGGCAACAUUGUUCACCCAUUCUCCCUCUCUUAUCAUCCAUUUGCUAUGCUCAGUUCAUUCAAAGCAGUAGACCACUCAAGAAAACACACCCAGGUACUGAAACGCUGGAUCAAGGAACACUGUAAACAGGAGGUCUCUCCAGUAAUGGAGAAACUGGAGUCCUCCACCUCCUCUUCUAGCUCCUCAUUUAGUGAUAGCGAGGACUCCUUAAAAGAUGAAACUGCUCACUAUGAAGGCUCGCAAGAAUCUCUGCAGGACUGAAAACAGUAGCUGUCCAACAAUCAAAUAUUCAUUUUAUUAAAUAUGUGUAACAUUAUUUCAGAUGUUUCCUCGUUUGUCCUUAUUAAAAUAUUAGUUCUUUCCUGAGACUUUUUUUCACAACCAGGUUAAUAAUAAAGACAGCAGAUCAGUUGACAAGGUUAUUUUAUAAAUACCAAUAAUACUUUUACCUACUUUCUUAGUAUUUGUCCAAAGUGUUCAUACAUAGUGUUAUUUUAGAAAUUGAAGGUGUGAACAAUAAUUAAUUUGUCCAUGCAUAUUCAUUUUACAUGUGAAUGAAGAUUCGAUGUUAAGUAUACAGUAAUCAAUAAAGUUCUUGAACUAUUGCUUUCUGAACUCUGCAACAAGUGGUGUGUUACAGACAUUUUUGGAUGUGCUGAUGCAUUCCUUGUCAUAAGCAAUAAUUCCAUCACAUAAAGCAUCUCAUUAGUGUCUGGAUCA